AUGCGCGUCGAAGCGGCCGUGGGCGAACUGCAGACGGAUAGCGUCUGGGGCGCUCUCUUCACUUCCGGGUUGGUCUGCGCUGUUCUUUGCCUCGCUGCUGCCGGUGCCGCAAUCGUGGCGCCUCUCGCGGUCGGAGCAUGGGGCACGCAGGCUGUGGUUCGAAGAUGGAAGAAAGCGGCUUCAUUGCUUGUGCUCGAACAAAAGUACAUCAAGGAGAUUCUCAGGUGGACGCAAGAGGUAGCGGUGACACACCGAGCAGUUGACAACUGGAUGCUGGUGGAUGCCGCGGUAGGCACCGAGGUCGUCGCGGCGAGGGGUUCGAGCUCAGGAAAGGCGGGUUCAGGCUCGCCUGGGUCUGCUAAGUUUGUGUGUUCUGACGUGUCAUCCUCUCAGCCUUCUUCCCCUGCCGUGUCCUCUGCGUCAGGAGUUCCGUCGUCUCCAGCGACGGCGCUGACGGCAGAGGUGCGCCGCACGUUCGUGGAGACAGGCCUGGACACCGGCAGGGGCCUGCGUCGGGCGACGGAGAUCCUUUUGCGUGGAGUCUCUUGUCGAGAUCUGUUUCGCGAAAUGCGCUCGGACGUCGCAGGCGAACUCCCAGGUGAUGCCACGUCGGGGACGCCCGCUGCUCGCACUGUGUCAAAUGGCCACGCCCACCGGGGAGAAGCGUGCGGAAAGGCCUCUCUGUCUCCUCGUGCAGGCCCCGACAAGGAGUCGGACUGUACGCUUUCUCUCGCAAAUAUGAAAGACGUCGCUUCGCAAGUGUGGCUAGCAGAACGGGACCUGUGUGCUGGCUUUCAAACGUGCCUCCUUCAGCUGAUAUCCGACGCGAUAUCGGGGCCGUCGGCGUCUCUAUCGUCUUGGUCUGACAGCGAGUCGACAGCCCUUUCCUCGUCCUCUGCGAAGGCAGAACGAGACAUGGUGCUCCGUCGGAAGCCCGCAGGUGAGGCGGCAGACGCCACCCCUGAGCUCGUGGGCGUCUCGCCCCUCUCGCAGACCAGGUGCCGGCCGCCACUGCCUCCUUCCGCAGCCGACGAGUCUGCAACUCCAUUUCCUUCUGUGUGGAAGCGGCAGAACGCUCGCCAGCCGCGCGCGCCUGCGAGUGGAGGGGCGGGAGGCACGUCUGCAGUCUCCGCAACAAACCGGUGGAGCGCAAAAAGAAAAGAAGUGAAGUUCGACGUCUCCGCAGACGCCCUGACGGCCGCAGAGGCGGGGCGACCGGCAGCAGCGCUUCCGUCGCUUUUCGAGGAGCUCCUGGAAGCCCGCGAGAAGGACGGCGCGCGCAACGCCCGAGAGGGGGUGUCGGGACAGCAGUUGGCGACGGGAAACAAAGGGAGUUCGAUGGGUGGAGGGCGGCGGGACGGCGACACGACAGACAAUGAGGCGGGGGUGGGAGGCAGGACCGACGGCGCGCUUGAAAGCGUCGCGAAUCCCGAGACGCUCCCGGAAAACGCGAGAGCUCGAGGGGAGCCGAUCCCACCCAGCGGCGCCGCCCGCGAGGGUGCGCCUUCGACCGUUUCUGCGUCAGCUGCAUCUGCCGGUUCCGUUCCGUUCUGUUCCCUUCUCGCGUCCUGUGCGUCGGGCGUUGGUGCGAUCACCAACGGCAGCCGCUCCGCGUGCCCGACACUCGAAGGCGCGACGUUCCUCUCUCCCGGUUUGCCUGCUUCAGCCACCGUCCCCGUCUCGCGCCUCCCUCGCCUCGUUCGCACUGCCGUUGCGGCGGCUGCGAGGACGCUGCAGGCCCUCGAGUGUCUGGCGAGUGUCGCCGUAGCCUCGUGGCAGGCGGUCGUCCAGCUCGUCGGCAUUCUCUUCGCGCUUAGAAUUGCAGAGCGCGAACUGGAGAACUCGACCGGCCGCCUGAGAAGUGCACUUCUCUACGAUUGGACGCGACUCGCCGCCACUGGCGUUCGAGCGCCGCGUCUUGUGCUUCCGUCUCUCCCGCCCGCUUCGUCGUCUGUUCCCGCUUCCUCCCCUGAUUGUCCAGCUGACGGAUGCGGCAAACCGCGCGGCGAGAGGCGAGGCGACGCGUCUGCCGGGCGCACAAACCCCGCUCGGGAAGCGCCCGUCUCCGUCGUGCCGUGCUGCCUGGACCCGCCACCCGUGUCUCCUCUUUUCCGGGACUCUUCGACUCUGCUGUCGCCUGGCGACAUUCGCCUCGGACUCGGCAGGCUUAAUCAGCACGUCGCCGCCGCUCUGGCGCUUCUGCGUCUCGGCCCGAAUGCGGCGUGCUCGAGGUCGUUUCGCCCCGCGUCGUCCGCGCGGGAAGCUGACGGGGCGGAGGAUCCCGGCGCGCGCCAGGCCUUGUCCCUCGCCGAGACGCAGCUGUGCACCAAGUGCCGGGGGAGCGACUCUCGCCAGGCUGCGGCGCUUCUCGCGCCCGACCGAAACGCCGCAAAGAUGGGAAGAGCGGCUGCGUUCGGGCCCAUGGGAGACAGAAGCAACGGGAAGCAAACGCGGGUGGACAGUUCCGCGGAGGAGGCAGACGAGUUGGCGGAUGCGGAGUGGGUCUACGUCCUUCAAGCGACUCAGCAGCAACUGAUGUUCGCCAGGCAGAGUUGUGACCGGGCGCUGCAUCUGUUUGCCAGGAGACGGCGUGAGAGAGACAGGAAGAAGGGUGUGGAGAACGCGUCGUCGAAAGACGGUGGAGAGGAGACAGACGACACCGCGAACAGGUGUCCCCAGGGCGAAGGCGAGAAGGUGCGACAGGAGCGAGACCGGCAGCAGGAAGGCGCGACGGGACGUCUGGCGUUGCCGGCGCCGCCGCAGGAGUUGCUCGAGAUCUAUAAAGGGCUAGGUGAAGAAGACGGAGAACGACAAAGGCCUGCACUCGACUCCGUGCCUCUCUUCAACGACGACCUCGACGGGGCGGCGUUAGCGAAAAGCCGUUUGGCGAUGGGUGAGCUGAAGCGCGUUUUCAUGUCGCAUCCGCGCAUCCAGCGGCAACGCCGACAAAGGCGCCUCGUGAAGGAACUCGUGGCUGCCUCGCCUUCCGCAGCUCCUGCCGACCAGAGUGAGAGAGGGGCGGAGAGCGGCCGGGGCGUGCCCCCAGGGGCGGGGGACGGUUCGGAAGACAGCGAAGACGAAGCAGCGCGCCGCCUGAGACUCGAACUGCGGGAGGAGGAAGGCGAGGAAGACGACCGAGAGGAGUUGCUCGACUUCCGCAAUCCACCGGAGACGCAGUGGGUGGGAUGGCGGCCACCUGCGAACGGAACCAGCACGGACGACGGAGGCGAACAGCUCCAAGGUCCCGAAGGAGAAGAACAAGAGGCGGACGGCCAGCGAGCCGAUCACUCGCAUUCGUCGUUCACCCAAGCGCAUGCAGUCAGGUGGGGAGAUGCUGACAGCUGCGCGUGGCUCGCCCGUCAGGAGGGCGCGUCUCCACUCCAUGAGAGGCCAAGGCGCCCCGACGAACCUGACACUGCCCCGGAAACAUACGGCUGUCUGUUGUCAGGCGUCGGGCUCGGCGAGGUGACUCCCGAGAGUCUCCAACUCGCCCGCCGCCUACGGCGACAAGCCGAAUCGGCGCCAGGUGCGCGGAGUCUGUUUGCAGAGCUUUCCGGUCAUCUUGCGCGUUGCGGCGUGUCUCCCAAGGACGGCGAAGGAGGGGCGUCGCGUGCCAGGCGGCCCGAGCUUCGGGGGGGACAGCUGGAUACCCUCGGAGGUCGCCCGGGGGUGUCUGUGGCAAGCGGUGAAGAAGGCGACCUCGCCACAGCAGAAGUGAGAGACGUCUCGUGGGGAGGGGACAGGGGCGGGGUCGGCGACUUCGCGAUUCAAAGGAACUCGUCUUCGGCAUCUUCGGUCCGUGCUGGAGACGAGGAGGACCAGUCUGUCUUCCCCCCCGUCUUUGGACGGUUGGCGCGGCAGCGCGGCAGGCAGACAGAGGAGGCUUUUUGUGGGGUGGGAGAAGCGGAGGGCGAAGACGAAAAUGACGAGUGGACGUGCGAGAGCCGGGGAGACGCGAUGGGACGCGAGCACGCACAUGCGCAGGAGCGCCAGGGCGGGUGGCGACGACGGGCGAGCCGAGAGGCCAGCGAGGGCAUCGAAGGCGAGGAACGCAGGCAGGACGACAGCGGAAGCGGGGGAGAGUGGGAAGGCGGUUCGUGGUGUCUCGAAGGAAGGAGCGACGGCGAAGACGAAUCGAAAGAGUUCCCAGUUGAAAAGGAAACGGAACAAAAGACCAGACUCGCUGGGCCUUAG